GCAUCAUUCUUUUUUUUUUUUUGAGAAAAGCUUAGCAUCAUUCUUUGUCGUGUUCUUUUAUAUUUAACCUUUCUGUGUCUUGUGUUUCUCACAAAACUUUGUAAAGUGUUUUAAAAUCAAGAUCUGAAAAUCUUAUCUCCUCUAUUAGAAUCUGCUAAUCUUCUCGUUUCUAAACAAUCACUUAUAUUUCUAUAGGGCUUCACUUUUGGAAUAUAUAAUCAGAUACAACCUCGUAAUUAGGGUUUUAAUGGCGAAUCCAUGGUGGACAGGACAAGUGAAUCUCUCCGGCCUCGAGACGACGCCGCCGAGUUCCUCCCAGUUAAAGACACCAGAUCUCCACAUCUCCAUGAACAUGGCCAUGGACUCAUCAGGUCAUAACAACCAUCAUCAUCAUCACCAAGAAGUCAACACCAACAACAACAACGAUGAAGACAGAGACAACUUGAGCGGCGAGGACCACGAGCCACGUGAAGGAGCCGUGGAAGCUCCCACGCGCCGACCACGCGGACGUCCUGCUGGUUCCAAGAAUAAACCAAAGCCACCGAUCUUUGUCACGCGUGAUUCCCCAAACGCUCUCAAGAGCCAUGUCAUGGAGAUAGCUAGUGGGACUGACGUCAUCGAAACCCUAGCUACUUUCGCUAGGCGGCGCCAACGUGGCAUCUGCAUCUUGAGCGGUAACGGCACGGUGGCUAACGUCACACUCCGUCAACCAUCAGCGGCUGCCGUUGCAGCUCCCCCUGGUGGUGCGCCUGUAUUGGCCUUACAAGGGAGGUUUGAGAUUCUUUCUUUAACAGGUUCUUUCUUACCUGGACCGGCUCCACCUGGAUCCACCGGUUUAACCAUUUACUUAGCCAGUGGACAAGGUCAGGUUGUUGGAGGAAGCGUGGUGGGGCCAUUGAUGGCAGCUGGUCCGGUGAUGCUAAUAGCGGCCACGUUUUCUAAUGCGACUUACGAGAGAUUGCCUUUGGAUGAGGAAGAAGCAGCUGAAAGAGGCGGCGGAGGAGUGGUGCCAGGACAGAUCGGAGGCGUAGGUUCCCCGCUGAGUAGCGGUGGGGGUGGAGGCGACGGGAACCAAGGACUUCCGGCGUAUCAUAUGCCCGGAAAUCUUGCUUCUAAUGGCGGUGGAGGAGGACAGAUGAGCGGCCAAGAAGCUUACGGUUGGGCUCAAGCUAGGUCAGGAUUUUAACUUUGGUUAAGAUGGCUUUUUAUUUACAGCAGUUAACAAUAAAGAAUUACGUUGAUGUCUCUUAUGAUAAUGAUGAUGAAAACUAGUUGCUGCUAGUGAGCUUUAUAGUGUGUGCGUACAUUAAUAUUAUGUUCUCUCUUGACUAUGAAUAUUAUUUGCUAAAUUUCA